AUGCAAUUGUCAGACUUCUCCGUUCUCCACGUCUUUCUUCUCCUCCUCCUUACCACCCCAGCCCUCAUUAAUGCAGCAGCCACCCCCACCACCCCAGAAGAGAUGAUUGCGUCCAUCGGCAGGGGAGCGAAAUCAUUGAUCGGCACACCGAAUGCCAUCCCGGGUGACAUGAAGAAGCGGGAUCUGGAAGGCGAUGUCCCUCCACCCAGCGGGGGCAGAGAUACUAAUGCUCCCAAGGGCGGUGGUGGAGGUGGAGGAGGUGGAGGUGGAGGUGGAGGUGGAGGUCGUGGGAAGGGUGGAGGCGGAGGUGGAAGCGGUGCAGCUAUUGGGGUUAGCACUAGCGGUGCUACAGCUGUCAAGGUCGGUUCUCUUGGAGCACUUGUUGUCGCUGCUGCUGGAGUGGGUAUGCUCUGCUGA